AUGACGGAACUUAGUGGCGGCAGCACCGCUGCCGUCCCCGAGGCUUCACCGCCUGUGGCGACCGUCGAGACGACGCCCCAACCUCUCGAGCCAGCUCCGACCCUCGACCCAGCUUCCGCACCAGCCUCCAACACUCCGGUUCUCUCCACAACAGAUGCUCCUUCAAACACGGUAGACACAGAAAAAACAGAAGCAUCAAUAGCACCGGCAGCACCAGCACCAGCGGCUACAGCACCGGCAGUCUCCAAUGCCUGCACCGGAUCCAUUGCGCCCGUCGAACCGUCUUCUGCGACACCACCGGUUGUAUCGAAAGGAUCCACUCCACCGGUACCGCCUGUUGCGCCUGUUUCUGCCUCUGCCUCUGCACCUGCUGCAACUGCUGCACCUGAGCCAGCUCCAGCUCCGUCGUUUAAUGUCAAGACCGAGCCCACCAAUGACAGCUUCGCUGCGGCGUCCACCGUACUCGGCGCGGGCUUGCUGGAGUCUCUUCAGAAUGCAAUUAAGCGGCCACGAGCCGACGAAGGCGACGAUGGCAACCAAGGCAGCGAGGCCAAGAGGGCCAAGGUGGAGGUGCCUCCCGAAGCAGAAGCAACACCCGUUGCUGUUGCUGCACCAUCCGCUGCACCGCCAGCGAUGGACCUCGAAGCGAUGCUCAAGUCUGCUCUUGGCUCCAUGAACACCACACUGUCACCCACCCCAGCUCCUUCUGCACCAGCAGCUUCCGUCUCCCUCACUCCAGUAGCUCCUACACCCCCACCUCUCCCGAAUCCUGCGGUGCCCGCUACUCCCGUCACGCCGGCCGUGCCCGCGACAGUGCCCAUUCCAGCAGCUCCAAAUCCCGCUCUUCCUGUGCCUUCCGCUCCAAUCUCUUUAACGACCACGCCGGCUACUUCAACACCAUCGCUUCCUGCUUCCUCUACAGCCAUCAAGUCACCUCCACGACCACCGGCGGCGGCGCCGAUCGUGUCAACACCAGCCGCGUCGAAGACGCCGGGACUCAGUGCCCCGACAAAAGAUGUGGCAAGCUCAAGGAGGGAUAUCGCGUCUCCUGGUGGGGAGUCCAGGUUUGGCGCAAAUCAUAUGGGCGCACCGUCACGAGAGUCGGCGAAGAUGCGCUUUGCUCAAAAUCCCACGUACAUCAGUCGAUCCAUGGGCCUGCCAUUGCUUGGUAGUUAUGCGGUGCAACUGUUGUACGCAUUGAGCGAGAACCCCGGCCUGGACCCAACGCACGACGGUGAAGCGACAGAAACACGGCGUGUGUAUAAGUUGCUGUGGUCAGCUUUCCGCAACACCAGAAAGCUGUUUUCCGAGACAGCCGCGAUUCUGAGCACCGAGGACUUGGACAUCAAAGAGGCCGGCGACCAGGAGACGAUUCUGAUGGCCAACAUGGCCACGAUCUCCGCGAGCAUCUUUGAAGCUGACGACAUCCCCCUCAUCGAAGCGCACGACUACUUCCUCUCGACGUUCUUGCCCGAAGCCGACGCCCUCAACAAGGACCUGGCCACGCUCUUUCUCAGCCUCAAAUAUCGCACGCUGGCUGCCGAGCUGGUUCGGCUGCCUAACGAGGAGCAGCGGAGCGAGUUUCUCGAGCGCCUGUUCCCCGUUAACCUCGAAGAACAGUUGCAGAACAUGCACGUCGACUCGCCGCUGACUGAGUACGAGAGAGAGUUUAUGAAGGACAUGAUGGUGGCCAAAGAACGACUGCUCGAAUCGGCAAAGACGGAUGAAUCAAGGCAACAACUCCAGGAACAGUACACCCUCGACGGUUUCCGUGACGAGCUGAGCGCCUACCUACGUGCAAACGAAGAUGUCGUUCUUCGCUACGCUGAUUCCCACGGCAUCGAGUUCCCAUCCGACGACGAUGGCAACGGUGACGGGUCCGACAUUGCGGGCGACGAUGUGGAUUCGUCUGUUCUCAACGGGAAAGACUUCACCGCCAUGGGCGACAGCAUUGCCUCGAUGUUGUCGGCUGCCAUGGCGUCAUCAGAUGGGCUCACGGCAGCACCGUCGGCAGCCACGCAACAAUCGGCAGCCCCUGCAGCCGCCAGUGGUGCCGGGCCGAUGGUGAUCGACUCCUCCAACGGCAUGAACGCCCAACCUGCACUUGAGGCAUCACCGAUGGCGGAGGGUGUCAGCCGGCUCAUCCAAGAAGCUGUGCGACGGUCGGCUGCCCGAUCGACAUCACAAACACCGGCCGCCCCCCCUCUGGCAUCGACGCCGGCGGCCCUGUCCACGAUCCCAUCGGUACGCGCGCACACCGUCGCACCGCCGUCAAACGGACCGACGGCUCCUGCGCCCGCCUCGGCCGACGGCGCAAUGGAUCUAACGGGUCUGACGAAGCUCAUCAAGGAGAAGCUGGGCCAAGACGCGCAGAACGCGCAGCCACAGCCUGCUCCCGCGCCGGCACUUGUUCCGACACCGGCCUACAACGUGCAGCAGACCCAGUCUCCUGUUGCCCAAGCCAAUGCCGCCCUAUCGAGUAUGCAAAACACGUUUGCCAACAACCUGGCUAUGUACAACCGCACUCCGUCCUUCCCGUUCCAGACGGUCCCGACGCCGCCACUGCCACCACCGCAACCGCCGGUGAGCAACAUCAACGGCAACGGCAGCAGCGGGUCUCUGCCACCAAACCAGUCGUCACCGAGCUCCAUCCUCUACCAGCAGGCCCGCCAAGCUGCUGCAUCCAAGACGCAAGGCCACACACGGCGUGAAGGCUUGCAUAGCACGCGGCGGCCAUGGUCUCCCGACGAGGAACAGGCACUUAUGGCGGGUCUUGAUAUGGUCAAGGGCCCCCAUUGGUCUCAAAUCCUCCAACUAUUUGGCGCCAACGGUACGAUAUCGGAUAUUCUGAAAGAUCGCAGCCAAGUGCAGCUCAAGGACAAGGCGCGCAACCUCAAGUUGUUCUUCCUCAAGGCCAAUACGGAAAUGCCGUACUACCUGAAGUGUGUGACCGGCGAGCUUAAAACGCGUGCUCCCAGCCAGGCCGCCCGUAAAGAGGCCGAAGAGCGGGCGCGGGCUACGAACAAGGAGGAGCAGGCACGCGUGCAGGGCAUUAUGACCCUUGCGGGCGGCCUACAAGACAACAAGAACCAGACUCCUGUCGCGUCUGUCCCGUCGCCGACGCCUGCAACGGCGCCUGCAACGGCACCUGUUCCUGCCCCUUCCCACGCUGCAACCCCUGUGAGAGCUGGCAGUGUCGUCCACAAUAGCACAACCAACGGCAAUCCGGCGGCCAACAGUAGCGCCCGACCAGCCACUGUUGCACCGAACGGCGCCACAAACAGUCCGGCUCGUGCUGGAGCUCCGCCGGCUAUGCAGAGCAUUGCCCCCAACCCGCAGACGAGCAACUUGCCUCCGCGGCUCGCCAGUGCAACGCAGCUUUCGCCGGCCGUCCAACAGCAGCUGCAACAACUCCAGCAGAGACAGUCCCAGCAGGCACAGCUGACCCCACGGCAGACUGCUGGAACAGCCACUGUUACGGCUGGGGGCGCCGGUGCUGGUAGUGCCGUGCCACAACGCGCUCCGGUGACAGCUGCCGAUGUUGUAAAUGCUGCCGCCCGUGGUGGCUUCCCGGCCACGGCACAGGCUCUCGCUGCGCAACAGACCAACGGAUCCGUUGCCGACCGGCCACCGCUGACACCCGGCAACAAGCAUCUUUCUUCUUUGUCGACCACAUCCUCCUCGAUUAAAUCUGUUACCGCAGAUCUCACGGCGGGCAUGGCGGCGGCAAUCAACAAUGCCAUCAACAACGCGGCGAUAGCAGCGCGGCCGACCUCGACAAUGUUAACUUCUGCACAGCGCCUGGCCGCCGGCCGACAGGUAUCAACUAGUCCUAGCCGUUCUCCUGGCCCCCAGCAUGCGCAGCAGCAUCGGCCCAUGCAGUCCUCACCCUCGCCGAUUCGCAAUCUGACGCCUCAGUCUCCGGCGGUUGCACAGGCUGCUCGGUCGGUGCAAGCAACAAAGCCCGCCGGCCAGCAGUCUCCUGCACCGGCGCACUCCACACCGUCUUCCAACACCACUGCGCAGUCCAUUACAUCUCCCUCAACUCCCCAGCCGCAAUCUCAUCCUUCUACGGCAGCUCCCGCAACGGUACCGGUGACGACAUCGGCCGCACCGGCUACUACGCCAUCGACGGUCACAUCUGCAGCGGCAAAACCACUCACGGCGGAACCAUCGAUGGCACCAACUAUUACCUCUGGAGUGGCGCCCGCAACGCCUUCUCAAGCGACAUCCAAGACAACACCUCAGCAACCGGAGGAUCGUCUUUGGAUGCUUCAGCAACAUGUUCACACCGAUGGCCUCAAGGUUACGCCGUCCGCCUCUGCAGUGUCCGCUAACGGUGCUUCCGGUCUUGCCGUCAACAAAACUUCACCAACCCCGGCUCCUGCUCCCAACGCCGCGGCAUCCGCCCCUGCCGCUACCAACUCGACACCUGUUCCCGCUGUAGCUUCUAAUGCUACUCCCGCCACUGCUGUGAAGGCACCUACACCCAUAUCGCAGCAGCAGUUGCAACAGCAGAAUCUAAAGCAGGAGCAACAGGAAGACGCCUCAGAAGAAUCUGUCUUGCGUAGGCUGCUGGCCUCGCCUCCUAAUUAG